AGCAUAUGCGCAGAUAGUCCCAGACAGUCGAGGUCAAGUUUUCUUCUGCGGAAUGUACAUGAUGGAGUUUGUAUAUGCAGGACAUAUAUAGACUAUACAUGAUAUUUACCCCAUUUUCGUGUAUAUUUCUGGGGUUUAGGGAUCUGCUAUCGUUACAAUUGUGAGCAGUGAACCUUCUGGAUUUAAACGACAGGUAUACACGAAAUUACCAAUAAAGAUAACUCCUGCCAGACAAGAGAGUAAGAACUUAAAGGAGUUACUUCCCUUAGAUACAGCAAUACACUCUAAUGUGAUACUAAAAAUAACUCUGUGAUAAUAGUUGUUUUAUUCCUUUUUAUUUUGGUGCUAAAUUUCUGUUACACAUUAAAAAAUUUCUCCUUUUGAAAAAAAAAAAAUUGUGUUGUGGAGUUAGAAAAAAAACAACACAAGGGUAGAACGAGAGAAAAAAAUUCAAAUAUUACGAUUAAUAAAAUCCGACAAAGAUCUGUAACUGUUGAAAGAACUUGACGUUAGAAUUUUUACAUCAGAAUUACCUCAUUAUAUAUACUGUUGAAAAAAACUUUUUUGCAAUUUUCUUGAAAAUGCCUUACAAUGUUGAAUUUUCUUUGAACUGUACUGUGACAAAAUGUUCCGACUUUGAGCCAAGAAAUGCCGGUUGAUUUUAUCGUAUGAACUCUUAGUGCAUGUUAAUGCUAGAACAUGGAAACAGCUACAACUUUGAAAGAGGAAACAGAUCUUGCGACCCAAUUAGCUCUGGCAGGAGUGUCUAGUCCUGUAUGGUCCCAGGGGGCGCCUCUGUCGGCUCCACAAGCACACAUGUCGAUGGCAUCGUUAGCGUCUGAUUCGCUGCAGAUCAGUGCAGCUCCACCUCCUGCACACGCCCACCCAUCGUCGACCAAUCCUAAACCACCGGAUUCUCUUUUUGAUAAAAAUCUUCUCGAAGCUGCGGCAUUUCUGGAUAGUAAAGGAAUGUCGUUACCAGGUAAACCGGCAGAGUCAACAUCUUCAUCGGACAGCCAAAAUUCCAUCCCUUGGGCCAUACAGCAGCAGUUGCUACAACAGUAUGGACAGUUUAUGCUGGAGAAAAUGUUAAACAAACAGAAUGAGGCUGGUAGCACGGCAACCGCAACCGUGACAACGGAUGGUG